UGGAAAGUCAUACUUCAGACACUCCAGGGGUGAUGAAAACCUACCUCCGCGGAGGUUGAAAACACCUAAAUCCAUGAAUUUCUUACGAGAUUUUCGAGACAAUUUUGUACCUGCAUUCAGGUCCGAGGAUGUCGAUGCAGCCCCCUUCAUGUCCUUAAAUGAUUGUGACACCAAUCAACAGAAACCAAAGAGUUAUCUUCGUCCUAAGACAUCUCGAUUCUUUCGUUCAAAGGUCACCGGUGAGGAAAGGGUUUUCAGAAAGAGCAUGCGAGAUACGAGCAACAGCACCGUUUCAAUGAACGGCAUGCCUAUGAAGAAUGGUAGUCUACGGCACAAAGCUCGUCAGGUAUCGCAGGGUCUCAAGCACAAACUAAGGAACUUAUUCAGCUUGAGUAAAGAUGAUGGAGACGAUGGGAGACUACCUCUUCAACAUAUUGAUGCUCAAAAAUCCCAUAUUUUCAGCUUGGAUGAUUUGCAGCACGAGACUGGCAACGAUCUUGAGGGAGGCCCUUCAACUAACCAAGCCGCUUUAUCACAUGUAGCUUCUGGUAUUCCGUCUCUACAUGAUGUGCCAUCGUAUCAACAACUUCGCUCCCGACAAGGCAGUAUGGACAGUUUGAGGAGUGACCAUAAGGCCGCGGACGACAGAUCUCGGGUGACUAGUUGGUCUAACUCCGAAGCCGACACCGUCAUCACCCACACUAGCUCUCGCGAAGAUUGGGAGAGAAAGAGAUUAUCUAUCAUUAACGAACAUGGAGCACACGUCUGUUCUUCCUCGGCUCAAUUUGCGACGAUAUCUGAACAAUCUAAUCCCAGCACCAUAUCUCUAGAUAGACCAAUUCCGGCUCGGCCUGGGAUCAUUGACGGACCGAGAAUCUAUUCAGCUUUGAUGAAGCGCAUAGGCCAAUCACAGCAAGCUCACACGAGCGAUUCAGUGAUACAGAGUAACGACGAUGGCAUCGUGCAGGUUGGUACAGUGCCUCGACGUCAAAGCUCUCGUCUUCGCCGCCUUGGCUGCGAUCCGGCAUCAACGAUCCGUUACGUUUUCCCAGAAAGCGAGACAGAUCCCGAGUCUCCGAAGGCGGUUGACCGACUGCAUACCGGAGAUCGUGGGUCGCCUUCAAAACCACCUGCUUUCGCCGCCAAUAAAACGAAUGAAUGUGAACAACGUGCUUCAGCAUCCGCAUCCAUAGACGCAAAAACAGGGGGCAUCUCAUCAAGGGAUGUCUGCCUAGAGGGAGUACCUCCUCUUACACGUACGCUGUCGUCUCGCAGCUCCGCAUUCUUCGGAAGUCCAACGCGGCAUCUAUUUCGCACUGAAAGCCCCUACCGUCGGGCUUUGCAGGACAGAAUGCACACUACCCCUAAUGAGUAUGCCAUCAAAUCACCUGAUUUCAACCCAUGGAUCCGUUCGCUAUCAAAUCUGCCAAAUUUACCAAUACGGCGCUCGAGUACUCAUGGGUCAGAUGCAGAUGUCAAGUUGCACUAUACCGAAAGUAUCUAUUCUACUAAUACAGAAGAUGGCCAAACCCAAAGACAUAGCGUUUUGUCGGUUGUAGAGGACUUUCAGAGACCCACAAGUACACAUGGAGAUGCCACAAUUUUUUUGAAUCCCUCAGGACACAAUAAGCGAAGUACAUCACUACCGCCCAAGCAACGUGUCACGUCAUCUUCAAGUUCCGUGGAAUGGAAAAUGUGGCUAUCGUCAAAUGUCGCAAAGCUCGAGGACACCACCAAGCAAGUUGAUUCCAAUGACUUUAGAUGUGGUAUGCAGUCAAAGCGACCUUUGGGGCAUGUUCGUGAGAAUGCUCAGAUCAACGACGAAGAGGAAGAUGAGAUUCUUGAUCCGAUCGACACCCCCUGCCGAACCAGAGGGAAAAGGAUCGGCGUCUCAAAAUUGGAUCGCGAUAAUCAAGACAACAGUCAACCAACUCCUUUCGAUGCCGGAGAAAAAGACUCCGAUAUUUUACAGUCCCAAAAAGCUUUUUCGAACUCUUCACCAAGCAGCAAACCUGCUUCCACGUCUGUAACGCCUGCAGGUCAUCUUAAAGAGUCCACGCCCGGCACCUCGACAAAACUGAGUGCUGCGAGCCAUGAAAAAGAAUUGCCCAAGAUUCCUUCAUCCAACCUGAAGGAAGACAGAUUUAGUGGACAUAUAAACAUAGCUCCGAAACUCUGGGAGCGCCAAUUGAAGGCCAAAAGCAGCAUAGUACCUCUCACAAGCCGCAGUUACUCGAGUGUCGGGGAGAGCCAAGAGCACGGCAAGACAAACAAUUGGUCAGCAAAUUCACGACAAAAGCUGCACCCUGUCACGCCCGCGAAAUCAGAGAACAUGAGCCCUACUGCCAAAAGCGAAGAUGAUCCUUACGGGAUUGAGGGCGCUGGCGUUCUCGGCCCGGGUGGUCACCAAUCUGUGGGGAGCAGAAGAAUGGUGGACAUAUUUCUUAGUAGCAGACGUCGACGUAUGGCGAGCGAUGAGGAGGGUAGUGUGUUCCUUUGAAAGAGGAUGUUAUCAUUAUACUUUCAGUGUGAAGUCCGUUCAUUCUUCUCCCGGGUAGAGAUAUAUACAGGGGAGAGUGUUUGUAUAGAUUAGGCAGAAUUUCUAUGUUAGUGAUAAUAGUGUGUUGUUGGACUAUGGGAUUAAUUAGGUUUGAGAACCGGACUAGUUGGGAGUGGGUCUGUGUUAGCUAGCUUUUAUCAAGUUGUAAUUAUGAGGCGAGGCGGCUUUGGGUUGGUGUAUGAGAGAGAUUCAUGAGAUUGAUAGUGUUAUGAAUUGCGCUCUAGAGCGUCGUGCUGUGUGUGUGUCAUGCUAUGUGUGAGUGCCAUUGAAUUCUGAAGUAUUUGAGUGGGAGGUAUUGAAGAU